UGAUUGAUUAGAUAAAGCAAUUUUCUAAAUUCUUCUAUAAUUUGCACGUUACUAAAAAUUGUAGUUUAAUAUAACAAUAUGAUUUUAUAGCUAUUAUAUUCUAAUUUCAUGUAUUAAAUAAAAAAAAUCAACAAUAUUUUCAUUAAACAUACGUUAUUAAUUUGACUUAUAUUGUGUAUGCAUACAUGGAUUAAUUAGCUUUCUUAAUUUAUUUGCCGAAACUAACGUGAUGUAUACAUUUAGGGUAAGUAUUAUUAUAUUUAUAACUUGGAUACUGUAACAAAAAGUCAUACUUGAUAAUAUCAAUUAUUCACAUUAUGAUUCAAGAUGUGACGCAGUUAGGGUUACCACUUAUCCGGGAGUUUCACUUGGUACUCCGGUUUUAAAUCUUUGGGCUACAGGUCUAGUGAAUUAUUUUCCGAAUAUCCGGGUCGUCGUAAAAUUAUUACUAUGUCUUUUUAUAAUUAUCGAUAAGCAAUGAGAACAAUGAUUUUUAAACGUCAAAAGAUAAGAUAAAAUACGAUUUAUUUAUUUUUUGUUGUAAUUCAGUUCCAAAAGUUCGUAGAGACUUGAAAUUUAAACAGAAAACUUAUUUUCUAGAUGAUGUGAAAUUUUCAAAACAUUUCAGCUAUUUUUGAGCUAUUUAUCAAUAUUUUAAUUUUGCGAGUUUGUUUACGUAAUUUGUAAUUAGUAGGUACUUGUUAAUCAAAUUAUUAGACCACACAAACAUAAUUAAAAAUUUAACAGGAGGUUCAUUAUAAUUUUUACUUAGUGGUAAACAAGCAAAAGUUGAGUUUAAUGUAGUAUUUUUUUUAAAUUUUAAUAUCAAAUUUCAACAACAAUCAUAAAUAUUAUGGCCUUUUAAAACAUGGAUAACCUAAUUCCUCUCAGAAUCGUUUUUCAUUAAUAAUAAUUAAUCAUAUUAUUUUCUUGAGCUUUAAAAGUUUUCUUUUAAUGAUAAAUAAAUUGUAUUAUAUGAGUCAGUAAACAAAAUUAGUAAAAAGUGAAUAAGUGAUAUUAAUGAAAAACCAAUCAUAUCUGCAUAUUUUAAAUUUUAAAUAAAAUUACAUUUGUUUUCAAUUCAAUUUGAAGUUCUUAAACAUUUUACUAAUAAUUAUACUAUUUUACUAUCCACUUUGAUGCUAGAGAGUAGCUUUGAUUUUCCACAUUCAAAAACUAACCUAACCUAACCUCCAUAAAAUAUAAUAAUGCUCAAAAGUUUAUUAAUUUACUUAAUUUAUUCUGUUAAUAAUUUAAUAUCUAUUUAUAUUUUUUCAACUAAAUAAUAUAAAUGACGAAAGCCAAUAUACCUGGCUUAAGUAUGAUUCAGGAUAUCUUAGACUAUCUUAAAUUAUGAUUUGGAGAUAGGUUUUUUUUCCCCUAGUAUAUUAUUCUUGUUUUAUUGUUAAGUAAUUGAAUACUUACAAAGUAAGUAUCUGGAUCAGUAGCUAUUUUUUAAGGGUUUUCCAUAGUAUACCUACAUGAUAUCUAAAUUCAUUUGAAAUCGGUGAUUAUUUUUAUUUUUUUUUAAGAUUAAUUAAUAAUUUGCUUCAUAUUUUUUAAUUUUUUUUUAGUUCAUGAACAUCAAAGCCCAAUUAUUAUAAUCUCUGAUACAAUUAUUUACCUUAAUAUUUUUAAAACAUUACAGAUAUUUUUAAUUGUGACUCUAUGUCAAAUAUGUGUCUCCAUUGAUAUCACAUAUCCUGUUUUUGGAUAUAAUGUUCAAGGCCAACCUGCUGCAUUUGGUGAUUUUGAUUCUGAUGAACUCACAGAUAUGUUUAUACUAAAAGAAAAGGGCCAGUUAAUAGAAAUUAUGUUUGGUUCCAAUGUUGAGCCUUUUUUAACAACUAGUUCACAAAAAUGCAAAUUUAAUCGUCAUCAAAUUACAUCAGUGGUACCGGGAGAUUUCAAUGGUGAUGCUCUUAUGGAUCUAUUAAUUACUGUUAAAAACAUAACAGAAAAACCAAUAGGCUGGGCAGCCAGUUUGUUUACUGGAAAUGAGAAACAGAACAAUGAUUUGGAUGUGCAUAUACUGUGGGGAUCGUUAAAUUCAUUAAAGUGUCCUGAUAAUGAAGAUAAUCCACUUUUCACUAUAAUUGACCAGCCUAUAGUUAUUAACUAUGACAAUAAUAUGAUAGUGGAUUUAUUUGGUGUUAAAAAAAUGCCAAAUGGAACAGCACAAAGAAUGUUUUGGUUAUUUAAUUCAAAUAGUACCUUCACAGAAUUGCCAAUGGAAAAUGACAAACCAGAAAUGAGAAUCCCUCAAUCACAUGGAUUUGUAGACAUAGGUGGAGGUUAGUAAAAUAAUUAUUUUAUUUUAAAUUAUAUUUUUAGUUAUGUGUAACAAGCAGAUACUACUAAGGCUUUGAGAUCAGGUUGUUAUGUAGUUCAGAAUGUUGAGCAGAGGAAAAAUUAGAACAAAAAGAUUAUUAUUUCAGAGAUGAGAAUGAUUAAAUAAAUUUCCUUACCCAUGACUAUGUUAAAUAAAAUAAGAACUUUGUAUCUUAAGUUUCUUGUCAAUAAAACAGGAAACCAAUUGUUUUACAUUGAUAAAAUAAGAGAGAAUAAAUUGAAGUGAUUUAGAAAAAUUAUGAGAAGAAUCUUGAAAAAUAUAGUAAUGAUUAUAGUAAAGGAUACAAAUGUAGAAGGAAAUAUAGAGAUAGAAGGUAGUUAUGAAAAAGAUAAAUGAACUUAAUGAACUUAAUUAAUUUGAAUGUGGUAGUUUGUUUCAAUGUAAUUAAUCUCAGUAUUUAGAAAGAAAAUAAAAAAUCUAAUAGUACUUGAAUCAGUAAAAUUAAAAUAAUCAUGUUGUUACAUAUUAGUUUCCUUAUUUAAAUGAAGCUCUAGCAUAAAAUAUUUAUAUUUUAUUUAAAAAUUUAAUUUUUAGAUGUUGCACCUGACUUGUAUUUAACUACUAAAGAAGGAUAUGAAGUAUGGCUUUCGGAUUCUACAAGUGAAACGUUUGUUUACAAUCAAACAAUCCCAUUUCCCGAUGGCUUACAUUUUGAAAAUGUUGGACAAACUGCAUUUAUGGAUUUACAACUUAAAGGACGUAUGGAUCAUAUUGUUCCAGUUUGUUUUGAUAAGAAAUGUACCAACAGUACUAUAUAUUUUUAUGAUUCAACUCGCUGGUAUAAUUUGGGUAUUAACUUUCAUAAUGGUAACAGUAUUUGGGGAUUUGUACCACCAACACCUAAUAAACCAUAUUUAGAAGCAAUCACAUUACGUCCUGGUGAUUUCAAUAUGGAUGGUUAUCCAGAUUUAUUAGGCACAUUGUGUCUUGCAGGCAACCCAAAAAAAACUAAAGUAAUUUUGAUGGAAAAUGUUGCUUGCACAACAGGUUGUGAAGGAUUUGAUAGAACUUUUGUGGUUCGAUGGGAUUUACUUCAUUCAAUGAAUAGUAACAAUGAUUAUGUUAUGGGCGCGUUUUAUGAUUUUUUUCAAAAUGGUAUACUAGAUGUGUUGUUAGUAAGCGGAAGUAAUGGAGAAUAUAAUAUGUCUGCAUUUAAGAAUAGUUUGGACUAUGAUGCAAAUUUUUUAAAAGUGAGUAUAUAUAGGUGUUCUAUGAAAAUAUAAUCAUUAUGUAUUUAUUAUAGGUCGUGUGGAAAAUUAGCCUUUUUAAAAAAAAAAUUAAACUCUUUGAGAUGAAAUAGUCCGUUUGUGAACUACUUACUACUUUUCCAAACCGCCAGUUUUUCAGGCUUAUUGUAGACAGACUUUAGACUUUUUAAAAACUACAAUUAUUAUAUAGCAAUUUUAUUGUAAUUUAUUACUUUACAAAAAAAAAGAUCAAAUGAAUUAUAAUAUAUAAACUUUACCUAUUAUAUUUAUUUGGAUUUUUUAGCAUUUAAAAAAAAAAUUAAUAUUUACUAAUUAUUACAUUAUUUUUUCAACAAGCGCAUUUAUUUGUUUUGCAAAAAAAUUUUUGAUAACUGCUCUCUAAAUUGUGAAUGUCUCUUCUGUUUCUCUUAAUAUUAUUAUUUUGUUUGGUAUUUUGUUAAUAAAUUCUACAUUGUUUGUUUGUAGAACAUUUCUGCUUAACUACUUGUUUAUAAUGCCAAACCGAGUACCAAUUUGCUAAACAUUAAUUUUUUUUGUCAAUUAUAUUUUGAGUAUCUAAUGGUUCACAAUCUGCAUUUGGAAUAUUGACUGAAACAUAACUUCCAACUUCAAUUACAACUAAUUUCCUAUCUAAAUUCUUAAAAUAUAUAUUUAUAUUUACUUAUAUUAUAAAUAAUAUACAACUAAAUAAAUAUAAUAGGAACAGUUAAAAUAUAAUUAAUUUGUUCUUUUUUUUAGUACAAGUAAUAAAUUACAAUUAAGUUACCACUUGUUCUUAAAAAGCCUGUAUCUUAAAUUGUUAAACAAUUGGCUGUUUGGAAAAUUAAUAAGUUGUUCGCAAACAAACUACUUUAUCGCAAAGAGCCUACUCUUUUUUCAAAAAGACUAAUUUUCCACAUAGUCUAUGACAUAAUAUAUAUACAAAUAUAUCUUAGUGAGACAUCUCGUAAAGUAAAAAAAUUACAUUAUUGUUAUUAUUAUUAUUUCUUUUUUUGUUAUAGGUAAUGGUUGUUACUGGUUUGACAAAUAGCAAAUUUGAAACUUUACCUAGUCGCUUAGGGAAAAAAUCUCGUACAUUUGGUACUAACUUACCUGGACCUAAAGUUAGCUAUGUAACUACAACUCAAGAUGGUUAUCCUCGUCAGGGUAUUGCCACACAAUUACCUCAGUCUGCAUACUAUUCUCUUUACUUGCCAUAUACCAUAUUUGGACUAGGCCGCACUCCUAACUUUGUAGAUGAACUUACUGUAUCAAUUUUGAAUGAAACUCGUUCUUGGACACAAAUUAUUCCAAAUUCACAAAUGGUUGUAAUUCCAAAUCCAAUAAAUGAUCCAAGCAGAUGGAAUGCUAAACUAUUUGUGACCCCUAGUCGAUUAAUAUUAGAAAGUGCUGCUGCACUAGCAGGAACAUGCUUGUUAAUUUUAGUUAUAAUUGGAGUACUAUAUUUUAAAGAACGGCAAGAAGAUCGCAUUGAAAAACGUAUGGAAGCUCAUAGAUUUCAUUUUGAUGCUAUGUAAGAAGAUUCAAAUUUGUGAAAAUAUUUUUAUUUUAUUACUGUGAUUAUUAUUGUAUUCCUAUUUUAAACUCUAAUUAAUACAACAUUUUUCUAUAUAUCUAAUUUAAGUUUUAAGUUAUAUUUAAAACUAUUAAAUUUUGGUAAAUGAUUAAUAACUUCAACUAAAUUUUAUUAGUUAAUUUUUAAAAAUAUUAAGAUACUAGCAUUUUUAAUUUAGCAAUUUAAUACAGUUUCUGAUGUUAAUUUGUAUUGAGUAGGAAUUUACUCUAUUUACAAACCGUGUUGUGUUUAUAAAUAGAAAUAUAUACAUAAUAUAUAUAAUUUCUCUAUUAUAGAAAUUAAUCAAAAUCUAUACACGAGUAAUAUAGUUUUUUAAAUGCAUAUUAUUUUAAAAUAACAUAAUUCAAAAUGACAAAACUUAAAUUUAUUAUGAAUCAUAAGUCACCUAAUUAUUUAUGUAUACUAAAAAUAAUUGGUUUUCAAAAUGUAUCAACUACUAUAUCAAAUAGAAGUGUUCUCUGUUGAAAGAUUAUAUAAUUAUUAAUAAUCAAAGAUAAGUUUUAAAAUUAAUUUUAGUAGAUUUAUAAAUAUAUAUUAAUUAAAGUUAUACUUAAAUAGGUAAUAAAAAUGUUUAGAAUUUAUAAUUUUUUAUGAUAAAUAUAAAUAUUAUUUGCAUUGUAAUAUUAGAUAUCUAAUAAUAUGUGAUUAUAUUUUUAAGAUAUAAUUAGGCAUUUCUGAUAUUUUUAUCAGAUUAUUAUUAAUGUUGUUUGUUAUUUACUUUCAUCAUUUGCUUAUUAAUAUUAUUAUACUUAGUAUCCAACUAUAAAAUAAAAAACUGAUUUAAUUUAUUAACCAAUCUAUAGAUUACUGGUACCUAUUUAUGAAAUAAAUUGAAGUACCGUGUGAUUCAAUGUGUAGCAAUUAAUUAUUUUAUAGCACAUAUAAAAAAAAUCAAGACUUUUUAGUCAAAAUUGCAAUAAAUAUACCUAUUUAGAGAGGAAGCAUUACACAAUGUAAGAAAAGCUUAAAUUUUGAAAAAAUAUAUAUUUUAAUGUAAGGUAGGUUAGGUAAUAUACAUAGUUAUUUUAGUGAGUAUAUCUACAAAGAUAUACCCAUUUGUAAUACCUCUGGAGAUAAUAAAAUUAUUUUUUUUUAUAUAUAUA